GGAAGUCUCAACAGUCUGCCUUGCCUGUAUGCCUCAUUACAUGCCAUUAUGCAUAAUGAAUCACGUUACCUACGAACCUGGCCUGAACAGAGGGUGUGUCAGGGAUCCCCACACCUGUGCUGCCCCAAGAUACUGGCACUGACAGCCCCACACGAGGCCUGCUGGCUGCCCUGGGGACACCCCAGGCUCCUCCCUGCUCCCUCUUCUGCAAACCUGCCAAGAAGCCGAACCUUCCGCCCAGUUGUUACUCGGUGUUUUUUAGUGACGCCUGGUUCCCAAGAGCAGGAACCGUGAGCCUUGGUUUUCAAUCACUUCAUCUCUAACAGCAAACACAGUUCCCUGCGCUAAGAGACGAUAAAUAUUUGUGGAAUGCAUGAAGGCACAAGCACGUCUCUCCCCUGGCCUGACUGUAAAGCUCAAGACCCGAAGCCAGGACCCACCAUCCUUGGUUCUUUGGGGUGACAGCAGUGGAUUUGUGACAUCGGGGCUGAACACCAGUGGUGGCAGGAAUAGUUCCACUAAAUGGAAGGAGACAUAAGUCCAGGAGCGAAGAGCUGUUACAAGUCACCAGUCCCCACAUGGUCAGCCUCCAGUGCAGACCUGAAUAUAUCUGCCUUUCCAGCCUCUGCCCUUCAAAUUUUUCACAUAGAAGAGAAAAUAUGUGGGCCCUCCCUGGUGGUGCAAUGGGUGAAAGCACAGCCCUGCAAGUGAACCAUGGCCACUUCUGGUGCAGAGCCAGAGAAAACAGGGGUGUGCCCCGAGGUAACGGUGGGCCAGAACUGCACGCAGGAGUGCCAGUCCGACGGCGAAUGUGCCGACAACCUCAAGUGCUGCCCAGCGGGCUGCGCCACCAUUUGCCAGAUGCCCAAUGCAGGGCUCCUGCCCCCAGGUGGACUCUGGGAUCCCCCAGCUCGGCCUCUGCGUGGACCAGUGCCAGGUGGACAGCCAGUGUGCUGGCCAGUUGAAAUGCUGCCGCAAUGGUUGUGGGAAGGUGUCCUGUGUCACACCUGUCUUCUGAGCCUGGAACACUGCAGCCCUAGGAGUGGGGAGCAGAAGUUUCUCCCUGGCCCUGUCUCGCUCUUGCGCAGCUCUGGCCCCUUCUUGGCCUCUGUACCCCCUCCUGGCCACAGCUCUUCCUCUUCCAGCCAAUAAAGUGACCACU